AUGAUCGGUAUUGCUGCCGGAGCAGGUUUCCUUUUAUUCGGUUAUGAUCAAGGUGUGAUGAGUGGUUUACUAACUCUACCAAGUUUUACAGAAAUUUUCCCAGAAAUCGAUACAACCAAAGAUCCAGAAGCAGGUUCAGGUACUUCAACCGAAUCAACACUGCAAGGUUUAACUAUUGGUCUUUAUGAAAUCGGUUGUUUGAUUGGUGCCUUGUCUUGUUUAUGGUUAGGUGACCUUUGGGGUAGACGUGCAAUUAUUUGGAUAGGUACCGUUUGGAUGAUCGUUGGUGCAAUCAUUCAAACGUCUUCUUAUAGUCUUGCUCAACUUAUCAUCGGUCGUGUGAUCGGUGGCGUGGGAAAUGGAAUGCAUACUGCAACAAUCCCAAUGUGGCAAUCCGAAUGUUCACCCCCAAACAAGCGUGGAAUGCUUGUCAUGGUGGAAGGAUUAUUGAUCACGGGUGGAAUUUGUAUGGCAUAUUGGGUUGACUUUGCAUUUUAUUGGCUCGAUCCAAGUUCAAGAUUUCCAGAAGGACAAUUUAACCUUGAAGAUUUCCCACAUCGUUCGGCAGCUUGGAGAGUACCUGUUGCAUGGCAAAUUUUGCUUUGUGUUCCAACGUUUAUCACAAUUUGGAUGCCUGAAUCACCAAGAUGGCUGGUCUUACGGGGUAGAAAGGAAGAAGCACGUCAAGUUAUUGCUUCACUAGAUGAACUGCAAGUGGAUGAUCCGGAAGUUGACGCAAAAAUUGAAGAAAUUCAAUCGUCUCUCGAACUUGCUGGAGAAACAAAACUUCGUGAUCUUUUCCGUCAAGGAAAAGAGAAGAACUUCCACCGUGCUACUCUUGGCUUUAUAAUUCAAAUGUUCCAGCAAAUCUCAGGUAUCAAUUUGAUCACAUACUAUGCAGCUACUCUAUACGAAACCAACUUGGGAUUCUCGCCCCUUGUCAGUCGUAUCGUCGCGGCAUGCAACGGAACAGAAUAUUUCCUUGCUUCUUUCAUUGCUGUUUGGACGAUCGAGCGUUUUGGAAGACGUAAUUUGAUGUUAUUCGGUGCAGCGGGAAUGUCUGCAACAAUGGCAAUCCUUGCCGGUUGUACUUCUCCUGCCGCUUUACAGCCAAAUGGUGCAGGAGAAGCACAAAAUGAGGCACCCGCAUACGUUGCCGCAGUCUUUCUCUUUGUCUUCAAUACGUUCUUUGCCAUCGGUUGGUUAGGAAUGACUUGGCUUUAUCCGGCGGAAAUUACACCUCUUUCAAUCAGAGCUGCUGCCAACGGUGUUUCAACCUCCUCAAAUUGGAUCUUCAAUUUCUUGGUAGUCUUGAUCACGCCUGUUGCGUUCGCAAACAUUGGUUACCAGACGUAUAUCAUUUUUGCAGUGCUCAACUUGGCAAUUUUGAUAAGCACAUACUUCAUCUUCCCAGAGACAGCCGGCCGUUCUUUGGAGGAAAUGUCAUUUAUCUUCGAAAAGGCGUCAAUCUACAACCCUUACGAUGUUGUAAGAAUCGAGAAGCGUACCCCUCGUCGUUAUGAUAAACAAGGCAGGCUCUUGCAAGGCCCAGCAAGUGGAGAUCCAUCAGACAGAAUCACAAUCUCAUCAUCAGAUCAACAGGAUGGGUAA